CUUUUGUCUAUUUUGUUUUGUAUUUAAUAAUAAUAUGGCAGCAGGUUUAAGAAGUAUCAUUUCGUUAGCUUUUGUAUUAGCUAUAGGAUUUUUAUUAGUCAUUUUAUCUUGUGCACUUUAUUAUAAUUGGUGGCCUUUAUUAGUUGUUGCUACAUAUAUAUUAGCUCCUCUACCUAAUGCAUUAUGUACAAGAUGUGCAGGUGAAGAUGAUGUUAUGUCGGGUUAUUAUAAUAGUGGUAUUAUUGAUGCAGGUCAUUUCAUAACAGGCAUUUUUAUUGUAACUGGCUUUUGUUUACCUCUUGUUUUGGCUCAUGCUGAAGUUAUUACAGUUCCUGCUAUGAUAAUGAGUAUCGCUGGUGGUCUAUUAGUUUAUGGAACAAUUAUUACAUAUACACAUUUUUUUGCUCAUCAAGACGAUAGCUUUUGAUAUCCACAAUAUAAAUAAAAUAUGAUAAAUA